AUGGAGGAAGAUCCUAAUUUGUCUGUCACUACUGAAAUACUGAAUGUGGAUGUUCAAACACUGUUAAAGCAGAGGCAACGCAAUGAAGGCGUGUUAUUAGUACCCGUAGGAAGUAAGUCUCCUCCUUCUGAAGAAAACAACUCUGAAUGGAGGUUUUCAUUUUCUCUAACUGAAAAACUGUUAGUACACUCAUUCAACCACAGUCAGCUGUUGUGCUAUGCCUUGUUAAAGAUUUUUCUAAAAGAGAUCAUUGACAAAGUUAAUAUUUUUAACAAACUUUUAUGUUCAUAUUACAUGAAAACGGUUCUUUUCUGGGUCUCAGAAGAAGUCGAAUGCUCAUAUUGGGUACCUGAAAACUUGUUGCGUUGCUUUUCCUUAUGCUUACAGCGACUCCAUUAUUUUGUUUUAUGUAAUUAUAUUCCAAAUUAUUUUAUUCCUCAACAUAAUAUGAUUGAAGGAAGAUUGUCAGAAAAAGUUGGAAAACAACUUGGAAUUUUUAUAGAAAGACUUCUUAUAGGAAAUAUAUGGGAAGUACUUUUGUCAUUGGAUUUACUUUAUGAUUUACGUCAUGCCAAGUGCUAUAUUUCGAAACCAUUACGUGUCAUUUCAGAAUUCGAUAAAACCAUGAUGACACUGAAUAUCCCAAACUGUGCACAAUGUAUUGGAGAUAUAUCAUUCAGAUCAUUGAGUUUCUUUGCUUACAGGAUUCUAAAUGAGAACUGUCCAACAUUUUUCAAAAACAUCUAUGCAAUUGCGUUACUAGACUUCUGUAGAAGUAAAGCAACUUCUAUUAAAAUGCGUUCAGUUGAUUUACCGCACAGCAGUAAUAAGCAGUAUUACUCUCAAUAUAAACAAUGUUUAUUCCAUCUGUUGUUGAAUUUAAACAGCGAUGCCGUGUCAGGUUGGUUACUACUCGCAGCAUUUUUCUACACCUGUCAGGAAUAUCGUAAGAUGAAUGAUAUACUUCAACUUUCAGAGUAGAUUUUAUCUCGUGAUUUAUAUACAAUGUCUAUCUUAAUGGACUUAUCUGCAGUCAAGCAAACUACUUUUGAAAACACGUUAGUUCCAAGUAGACAAUUCCUCAAAAGGUUAAGACAUUCAAUGAUCAGAUCUUUUUGUGUUCAAAGGGAUGUACAAAUUGACGAUAGUUUUAUAUUUCACGAAGACCUGUGAUUAAUCGAUACGUUCUUUUCUAUUGGAACUCCAAUAGUAUUUAUACGCUAUCUUACAUUCUUAUAUUUCCACAAACAAAACAAUACAGACGGAAUGAAACGUGCAAUGCUGUUGUUACAGGAAGCUGUUGAAAGAUCACCGAAGUUAGAUGGUUGUUCCAUUUCUGCGAAUUUUUGGUUUUUGUUACGUGCAAAGUCAUUAACUGGUGUUUAAGAAAUUGAAACCAUCAAAAGAAUGUUUUCCGUUUUAAAACCUUUUGAUGUUACAGGUCUGUUAUCAGGUAUUCAAGACAUUGAAAACGAGUACAAGCUUUAUUUGAAUGAAUAGAUAGUACAUAUACAUAAUGAAGCAUAUUUUAGCGCAUUCUGCAACUGCCUUCACAAAGAAAAAUAUUCAAGAUAUUUAAAGAGGUUUAACAGUACUUAUCAGUUUUAAAAUAUUCUCAACCCCAGAAUUUAAAGUGCUAGCAAGAUAUGAAUAUUUCUCAAAAGACUGUUUUGACCGAUAAAAUUCCCGGGAGACCUUCCUGUUUUUCAGUGUCAAUGAAAUUAAACUACGCUUAGACUAGGUAGAGGUUCAGUAUUUAUUCAUAGCAUUUUCGAUUGAAAGAUCAGGAAAUUCUAGAAAAUACCCUGACCCAUUAAUCCCUAAUUUAUUCUAUUUUCUCGAUUUUUAAAAGCAAAAAAAUACUUCGUACAAAUCGAACUUAGAAUCAGAGCUCAUCAGUUAGCUAUUGAGAAAGAUAUACGUAGAUACAAAAAAAAUCGAUAAAGAUAAAAGAUUGUGUGGGCAGUGUAAUAAUAUGCAGGUUGAAGACGAGUUUCAUUUUUUAUGGAAUGCACUGCAUAAGAAAAGGAACGCAUGCAUACAAAUUAAAAACUUCCUUUAUAUGUCAAAGUAUGAACAAUUUAUUUGUUUAAUGUUAUGUGAGUCUGAAAAUGUUAAUAUGUCAGUGUCAAGUUUUAUAAGUACUUGUUUUGAAAUAAGAGAUAAUUUGCAUUCCAGAAACUUAAUAUACAUGUAGUAGUGAUGUAGUUUAUUUAUUAUGUAUUAGAGACGGUUAAAAUUCUAUUUUAUUUAUUUUCAAACACCAUCUGGUAUGGAGUAUAGUUAUUUAAUCAUUCUUUUUUAUGUAAUAUAUCUAAUAUAAUUAAUCCUAUGUAUAUACAUGUAUGUAUAUGCUCGAAAAUGGGCUCUUUAAUUGGAUUCAAUAAAUAUUCUUAGUCUAUAUCGAAGAAGAAUCCUUUACAGACAUAAUUCUGGAGGAACUAUAUUUGUACCUUGCCUAGUGAAGAUGGAUUGAUCUCGUGGUCAUUUUUAGCGAUUGUCUGUAGUCUUUUUUAUUAUGAAAAUUUUGAAAACAAACGAAACGAUGAGUCCUUAGUACACUUUAAAGUUUCCAUAAUUUGUAUUUUUACUUAAUUUAUUGAAUAAACUGUUUAUGUAUGUGUCAAAAAGUAAUUCUGUCAAAAAAUGUUUGCUUUGGAUUUUAUGGAAAGAGGGGAAAAAAUUUAAGUUGGUCAAAACUCACAAAUUUGUAAAAAAAAAGCUUCAAAUGCUUAGAUUUCAACAAAAAUUGCUAUAAGUUGUAAUAGAUUUUUUCAAAGUGACCAAAAAACCAACAAUUAUAAAAGAGUGGUAUAAACUACCCAUUUGCUAAGAAAUCCUAAAUUUGGAAAAUCAUUUUUUUAUAAAGAAAUAUAUUUAAUAUAGGUAUGACAACUUUAAGAUAUAUCAUUCUGUUUUGAUAGGAUUCCAAUGAAAAUCGAAUUCAGCGUCAAUUGUUCUUCAACACCCAGAAAAGUUCUAUUUAAUAUCAGAUUUAUAGAAAUUAUAGAAGGUUAACAAUAUUCGCUAUUGAAAUUCUAAUUAAAUUCAAUUCAAUACGUACAAGUGAGAGGUUUAGCUAGCUAUAAAACCAGGUUCAAUCCACCAUUUCUAAAUAAGAAAAUGCAUGUACCAAGUCAGGAGUAUGACAGUUGUUAUCCAUUUGUUUGAUGUGUUUGAGCUUUUGAUUAGGGACUUUCCUUUUUGAAUUUUCCUCGGAGUUCAGUAUUUUUGUGAUUUUACUUUUUGAUAGUUUUUAUACACAAGGCUUUAAACAUAUUGAAAUCGAUAGAAACUAUAAUGUUUGUGUGUGGUUUUUUUUCUUCAAAUUAAAACUAUGAAAAACUUUAAUUUUUGUUUUGAUUUAAAAAACUUAUUUGACUGUACGUUGUUUAAUGUUUGAAAUAAAAUGAAUGUUUAUGUUUA